CAUGUCGGGCUGAGCUUUGGCUUCACCGGGAAACGAUACUAGCGGUUACAUUCGUUCACGUGAUUGUACGUUAAUGCGCGUCAUCAAACCGUUGUCUCUUGUUUGUUGCCUGUUUGAGUUGAGCUGUCAGUUUCGUAAAUAAAAAAGAACCAAAAUAAUAAAAAACGAACAAAGCUAAAUCAACAGAGAGACACCCACAACAUUCGCUCUCAGAUAUUUAGAAUAGCCUACUGUUCGAGCUAUUUGUUUGAGCAAUUUGUGGAUAACAACAAUCAACGGAACAUGGCUGGUGUGAUGGCAGAUUUUGGUAACUUCACUCACGCCGUUGUUCGAGCUAUCCCCUCUUCCCUUGCUAAAGAGGCACUGAGGAUGAACGUUUCGGACGUGGACCUGAAGAAAGCUCAGAGAGAACAUGAGGUAUACGUCGGGGUUCUGAAGCAGAAACUCGGGCUGGAGGUGAUUGAACUCCCCGCCGACGAGUCUCUCCCGGACUGUGUGUUCGUGGAGGAUGCUGCUGUGGUUUGCGGUGACACGGCUCUGAUCACCAGACCCGGGGCAGAGAGCAGAAGGAAAGAGACAGCGACCAUGCGGCAGACCCUGAAGGAGCUGGGCCUGAACAUCGUUGACAUGUCUGAUGAGAACGCCACUCUGGACGGAGGGGACGUCCUUUUUACAGGUAGAGAAUUCUUCGUGGGCCUUUCCAAACGGACCAAUCAGAGAGGAGCUGAGAUCCUGGCGGACGCGUUCAAGGACUACGCUGUGUCCACCGUCCCUGUCACUGAUGGUCUACACCUAAAGAGCUUCUGCAGCAUGGGAGGACCAGGCCUCAUCGUGAUUGGCUCCAGCGAACCAGCCCAGAAAGCCCUGAAGAUCAUGCAGCAGAUGAGUGACCAUCGUUAUGACAAGCUGACAGUGCCUGAUGACAUUGCAGCCAACACCAUCUACAUGAACCUCCCUGGCAAAGGUCAUGUGCUGUUACACUGCACCCCAGAGGAGUUCCCAGAGAGUGCCAAGGUGUUUGAGAAGCUGAAGGAUCACAUGUUGAUCCCAGUUUCCAACAUGGAGAAGGUGAAGGUGGAUGGAGCCCUCACCUGUUGCUCUGUUCUCAUCAACAUGAAAGCCAAAGUCUGAUCUGCUCCGUUGGGGGUCUCUCAGGCAGACCUGGGUUCAAAUACUAGUUGAAAUCGUUCACAUACUUUGAUGUGCCAGGUUUGCCAGUUUUGGACUAUACUAUUGGGCCAUUAUUACGCCAGGCAAACUCAAUCAAGCACAGACAAAGUAUUUGACUUGAUUUCGAAUAGUAUUUUAACCCAGGUCUGCUCUCAGGGCAGGGUCGGCCCACUGCUGCCACCUUGCCCGGUUCAGAACCCCAACUACCUAGCCUGGGUGCAAGUCUGUUUCUGGCCAGUCUGUUUCUGCUGUCUUGCCCCCGAAAACCAAUUGGCAUCAAGGUUACCAACCCCCCUCCACCUUCUGAAAGUGCUCAUGUGUCAAUCAAUCCCUCUGCUUACUGGUCAAUGUUUACAACCCUUUAAAAACAACCACUUCUACUAUAAUCAAAUCACAUGUAUUUAUAUAGUCCUUCGUACAUCAGCUGAUAUCUCAAAGUGCUGUACAGAAACCCAGCCUAAAACCCCAAACAGCAAGCAAUGCAGGUGUAGAAGCACGGUGGCUAGGGAAAAACUCCCUAGAACACAGGAGAGGUAAAAAGGACAGUCUGUUUCAUAGAAUGGUUUGAAGGUGGAGCUAUAUAAUGUCACGGUAUAGUUAGUACAGUAUAUGCAUAGUGCAGUAGCCGGUUUAUAAAGAAUAUAAAACGCAAAUAUAUUUACAAUCAACUGCUGAUUACUCUAUACAUAUUUGUAUUGAUUUAUUUUUAGAUUCAAUUCAUCAUGAUUCAUGCCACAUAACAAGUAUACGUUUUUAUUGAGGGGGAGCAAGGAAUUAAAUCAAAUCUACCUAGUUAUGGGCAAUUUCAUGGUGACGGAAUUACGCUGAGACUCUGAUUCUUCACUUUUAAAAUUUAUAUCAAACAAAAAACUGACUGAAAAGUGUAAUGAACCACAUAACUCUAUAGACAAUGACUACUUUUAACAAUUUACACACAAAAUCUUACAAAAGCAUAUUUACAGGUAAAACUGUAGAAACCGAUCAGUAUCAAACCAGGAUGUGUCACAGCCGGCCGCGACCGGGGGACCCAUGAGGCGGUGCACAAUUGGCCUAGCGUCAUCUGGGUUAGCUGAAGGUUUUGGCCGACUGGGUUGUCCUUGUCCCAUCGUGCUCUUGCGAUUCCUGUGGAAGACCAGGCGCAAUGCACGCUGACACGGUCGCCAGGUGUACGGUGUUUCCUCUGACACAUUGGUGCGGCUGGCUUCCGGGUUAUGUGAGCAUUGGGUUAAGGAGCAGUGCGGCUUGGCAGUCAUGUUUCAGGAAGGACGCACGGCUCUCGACCUUCGCUUUACCCCUUUUUCUCCCCAAGUUUGUGAUAUUCAAAAAUGUAUAAAAUGAAAAUGUAUCAAAUAAAAUCUGUGCUGGUACAAAGUUUAGUAACCGUAAUGUGUCCCCAAACUUUGCAUACGGAUAGUUUUUCAAGGUAAAUGUUUACUUUUUUACUGUGUAAAUUGUUCAAAGUAGUCAUUGUGCAUAGUUGUGCAUGGUUUUUUGAACGUUGAAAUCCAUGGUUUUUAUUUGGCAUACAUUUUAAAGUGACAAAUCUGAAUCUCAGUGUACUCCCCCUGACUGUGGAAUUGCCCUUAUCUUAGUCAUAUAUAAAUAGUGAGCUUGUUCUCUCUGUCUGCCAUAGAGACCUGAGUUCUCUUACUUUACAUCAUUGUUGAUUAAAAAUGUAUUAUUAUUGAUUAUUGGACAUGAAUGUUGAUUGAUCCCUAGCAGUGGGGGGGGGGGGGGGGGUGCUAGUUAUUCCACCUGGCUGAUCAAGGGGUUAUUUCUGUGAUUCUGAAGUCUAAACCCAGGGUAGGAAAUGAACUACAAAAUUCCCCUGAAAAUAAAAUGUCAAAGGAUGCAAAGUAAAAGUGCAUUUCCUGUCUUAAACUAAGCUGUGCCCACUUUAUAAAAGACGGAGCACACUGUGUGACGUAUAUUGAAUUAUGACCAAUUGGCUUGUCAUUACUCAUGAUAUAAUCUCAUAACUUUUAACAUGCCUCAAUCUGCUGUGUGCCUCCAUCGAAAACCAAGUGGCUUAAAUAACUACUGCUCUAUACUCUAGUCAAGAAGCCUUUAUAGUAGAUUUCAAUGCUUUUUGUUGAGUUUUUUAAGCCCAUUGUCACUGUGUUGACUACUGAUACUGACCCUUCCUGUUAUGCUCUUUCUGUAUGAGAGCAUGUUGGGAAAUCAACAUGAGACUGUUCCUCCCGCUGGAGAGACGAUACACACUCAGUAGGGUCUCGCCACUAACCACCUCUAAUCUAUCCUGCUGUGUUUACAUUGCAUAGAUAGCCUUUAGUAAGAUCUUUGAAGUCUGUUGACGACAUAGAAAUACAUGUAUAAAUACUCAACGGGAUCUCCCAUUCAAGUCAAUGGACCGUGAUCGUUGGACUGGUGGACACAUGGAGUCUACAUAUGACGGUGCAGACUUUUUCACCAUUCUAGUAAUUCUAUUUCUAUGGUUAUGGAGCUCUUCCCAACGGCCUCAUCAGACAUGAGCGUAUACAUCUCCAGCAGAGGUUUAUGAACAUACAGAUGGCUACCAGCAUCCACAACCAAAGCCUAUUGCAGAGUGGGGCAGAUGAUGCUGAGCAAGAACCUGAAAAUGUUUACUUUCGUUUGACACGUUUUCUUUCUUAAUAAUCUGAUGCAGAUGAAAACUAUUUCAUCAAAGGAAGUGAUGUCUUGCAGUAAGGAGCACAGCUAGAGACUCUCAGCUUGACAUCCAUUGCUCUGGCCUGGAGUGAUGUAUAGCCUAGUCUGCGGCCGUUCAGGAAUGGGCGAGCAGAAUCAUUGUGAGGAAACAUGGAAAGAAUUCAUUUUGGAAGAGAGGCUUGUAAGCCAGUAAAUACUCACUCUCUCUUAAAAUGUUCUCUCUAUAAUUCACUCCCCCUCUUUAUGUAUAUGUAUAUAUAUGUAUGUAUACAUAUGUAUGUAUACAUGAUCCCUUUCCCUGCUAUUGCCUCAUACAAAUUUCUGGGGUAAUUUAUGACAAUGAUAUCAUACAGUCUGGCAAAAGGGCGCAAUGACGUGCAGUUAAAAAACAUAAUUUGUGACACUAGCAGUAUAUUUUACAGGAGGCCCUUAGCAGGUCCACUGAUGAUACCAUAGUUGCUGUGUAUCCAGCACAGACCAGAGCUGACGCAGUCAGUGGCUGUUUUACAUCCCAAAUUGCACCCUAUUCCCUACAUAGUGCAAUGCUUUUGACCAGAGCCCUAUGGACCCUUGUCAAAAGUAGUGCAUUAUAUAGGGAAUAGGGUGCCAUUUGGUAUGUACAAUUUUUAUGGAGGCCAAAGCACCUGCUGCAUUUGUAGCCUACUGCUGAAAGUUAGAAUAAUCGCAAUAUCCCACCAAUCACACUGGCUGUUGCUUGUGAUAAUCUGAAUUUUAAAUCAAGUCCCCAAAAUACAACUCUAUUCAAUCUUCCUUCAAUUUGAAUAUUUUUUUUGUUGAUCUAUCAUAUUUUCUAUUGGUGGUGACAACUUUCAUUACUGAUAAAUGUGCUGCUCCCACUGCCAGCAACAUAAUGUGCUGUUCCACAUGAGAAAGUGUUCCACUGGUAGCCUAGGUUGAAUUCCUCAUAAACUACAAUAACAUUUUAAGAUGGACGUUUUGAGUGACCCUGUGUAUCCCAUAGAAGUGCUGUGAAUUGUCCAUUUUGUCUCAGGUUUCUUGGUUUUAGUGUAUUGUAGAUGUUAAGUUGUGUGGUAGCCUCGGUCAGGCAUUUAACAGUCUUUUUACACUGCAUCUUGAUUUUAGCUUUUCAUCCACUUUCUACAAUAAACUUCAUUCUAACAUCAAA